AUUUAUGUCCCUUCUCCUAAUUUAAAAAGUCGGCGUGAAAUCAUUAAACUUUGUGUCCGCAAGCUACCACUCAAACCUGAGGUUGACUUAGAGGAGAUUGCAGCUCUAACCAAAGGCCUAAGUGGUGCUCAAAUUACUAGUAUGUUUAAUGAAGCCUAUAUUUUAAGCGUCCGCAGCGGCCAAAAAUACAUUGACUACGAAAUGAUUUUUGAAGCCUAUGACCGGGUAUUAAUGGGGCCUUCUUGGACCAGUCAAACUCUAACUCUAGCCAAAAAGAAAAUAGUGGCUUAUCAUGAAGCCGGUCAUGCGGUUAUUGGCCUGAGUUUACCAGAAACAACGGUCAAAAAAAUUACUAUUAUUCCACGCUUGUCAGCCGGUGGUUAUACUUGGAUUGAUUUGUAUGGGGAGAAAGGUGAUGAUUAUCUUAUCAACAAAAGUCAGAUGCUAGCCCAAGUGAUGUCUUUUUUAGGUGGACGAGCCAGUGAGGAAUUAAUUUUCGGUUUGGAAUAUAUCACGAUUGGUGCUUAUAGCGAUUUUAAGCAAGCCACCAGCAUUAUUCGAGACCUAAUUCUGCGUUAUGGAAUGUCGGAUUUGGGGAUUGUUCCGACUCAAGAAACUUUUUUUGCGAGUGAAGAGAUACCACCGGAAUUGCCCGAA